ACUUCUUCUUCAAAGUUCAAACACAGAGACAUGGAGAAAGAGAGAGAGAUCGAGAGCAAAUGCAAAAUUGAAGAUAAGAAAAGCGGGGCUUUCACCAUCUCCGCCGGAAGCCCCGCCCCGCCACGCCACGCCUCGCCUCGCCACCGCGUUUCUAUCUGUUUGUAGGGUGAAAUGGAAAGUUCUAACAAGUCUUCAGGCUUUAGUACCUUUGCACAUACAAAUGGAAAGAAUCCAGCCUCGUUUUAUCCCUUUGUUAGUGAUUCUUCAUCCUACAUUGACUCACUCCCCGUGGCAUCGAGAGGGAAGCAGAGGACCGAUGAGGUAGCAGGAAAAAACUACCAGCGUUCUUUGUCUGAUAACCUUCUCAUGGAGGAAGAGCCGUUUUGGCUCGAGGAUCUUUUGAGCGAACCAGUGACAAUGGCACAUAUAUGUCAUCGUCGUUCAGCAAGUGAUAGCUAUGCGUACCUAGGGGCAGCUGCGGAGCAAUUACAUGUAAACAAGGAACGGGAUCUUAAUGGUUUAACUGCACGGGCUCCCUUUGAUGUUUCCACGUUUGUUUACUCUAAAGAUUUGAACCAAGUUUCCAGUGACACGACUCCAAAUUCUUCAGAUGAAACGAUUCAUAAGGCUUCAUAUGAACCUAAUGGAGGGGGACCGUUGUCUAGUGAGAAGCAUAACAAAGAGGAACCCAAUAUGCAAAACCCAGAGAGCUCUUCUGAAAAAGCAAACGGCCCACAACAGAAGUCUGUUAUGUUGAAAACAGAGGCAAAACGCGCUAAACAGCAAUCUGCACAUAGAUCACGAGUUCGAAAACUUCAGCACAUAGCUGAACUUGAGAGGACGGUCCAAGUUAUGCAGGUAGAAGAAUCAGCUAUGUCAUCCGAGCUCGAGUUUCUUGACCAGCAAAACCUCAUAUUGAGCAUGGAAAAUCGAGCCCUGAGGCAGCGGUUGGAGAGCUUAUCCCAGGAGUUUCUCAUAAAACGCAUGGAACAAGAAAUGUUAGAGCGGGAACUUGGAAGGCUACAAGCGAUGUAUCAGCUACAGAGGCAACAGCCGGUGCCACAGCAGCCUUCCUUGCACCGACAAAGCAAUAGUAGGGAAGUUCUCGAAGCGCAAUUUGCCAACCUCUCGCUAAAGAACAACGAGGUGAGUUCGGGCAGGGCUGCAGGUUCAGUUAGCCGUUCAGUCCGGAUCCCAUAACAACAGUAUGCCACAAUAUGUGCCAUAGGUAACGAGUUAUAUGUGUCCCGGGAUCUUCCAUAUAUCGAUCUCCACUAACAUUCUGCGUGGACCUGUUUUUAUUAGCUAAUUUUUUUUGUCACACAAUAAGCAUUGCAGGAUGUUGAAUAACGUUUAUUCGACAUAUGUUGUCAUGUUAGAAAAUUUUGAUGUCGACUUGUAUGUAUGUAUAGUAAAGUUUGUUGCCCUAAUUUAUACAUUCAUAGUUUUCUAGUGUGCAUGGUAAAGAAGCCAUUGUUGUUGUAUCUUUUAUGUGAGCCCUAAAGCAGUGGAGUAAUAAGUGGCAUGGCAAGCCUGCAUAAAAAAUUUACUACA